UGGAGAGGGGCAUGGCCACCGGGCUGGGCCACCGAGCUGAGCCUCCCUGGGGCUGAAAAGGGACCAGGAGCCCAGACACCUCAGAGCUGCAGGAGACCCUUCCCAAUGGAAAACACACCAGCAGCUGGAAAAAUGCAGAGGGUAUCCAAGAAGGCCUCACAAAUAUUGCAGCAAACCUGUGCUCUCCUGUGGAAAAAUAUUCUUCUGGUGUGGAGGAUGAAGUCAAAAAGUUUUCAGGAGUGGGUGGCAUCGCUGGUUUUCCUCUACAUCCUGCACGACUCGGCCAGUCUGAUCAUGUACUACCCCACCCAGGAGUUCCCCUACAAAUUCCUGGGGCGCCUGGACGACCCAGCCUUCAACGCCUCGGGGGUGACGCUCAUGUUCACCCCUGCCACCAACACCACCAGGACAAUAAUGGCUAAAGUGGCCACCAGCUCGCCACUGAGGGGUGUAAUAAUAGAAGAGAUGGAAAAUGAGGAGAAAAUGGAAGAAAAAGCAAUUUCUGAGGAGGAAACUAUUGGUGUUGUUUUUAAGGAUGACUUCUCCUACACUCUCAGAUUUCCAGUGGGCAGAGCGGUGUUUCCAAAUGAAGGCUUUGAGCACAUCGAAACCUGCUGGGAUUUUUCAGCAAGGCACUGCAAGGUUCCUCUGUACUGGUAUGGGGGAUUCCUCUCAGUGCAGUCCAGCAUCGAUGCAGCAGUCAUAGAGAUGAAAACCAACCACUCUGUGUGGAAAGAAAUGAAGUCAAUUACUGGAGUUCACCUGAAAACCGUGCUGAAACCUCUGUUUAAACUGGAUUACAUUUGGUUCAUUAUCUGUGCCAUACUCAGCUACGGCCCAUACAUGCACUUUUUAUCAGUCAAAGUUCUCAAGGAGAAGAAGAAGCUGAAGAUAUUGAUGAGAGCAAUGGGUCUGCAAGAUAUUUCCUUCUGGUUAUCCUGGAGUUUGCUGUACAUUGUGUAUGUCUCCAUCACAGCCAGCCUGCUGACCUGGAUCACCCUGAGUGAAGUUUUCAAUCACAGCAGCUUUUUGGAACUGUAUUUUUUUUAUUUCUUUUAUGGCACGGCAUCUAUUCACUUCACUUUCCUGCUCAGCUCGUUGCUAAAGCAGCCAAAUAUUUCCAGUUUUGUGGGAUUUCUCCUUCACAUCCUCUUCGGGGCACUGGGCUUUUUGACGUUGUUUGAAAAACUGCCACGGGCUUUGGAAUGGAUUUUAAACCUCUUCAGUCCUUUUGCCUUCACAGCUGGCCUCGCAACGAUGGUAAAACUAGAAAAAUACGGACCAGCAUUUAGCCCAGAGCUGCACCCUUUUCGUAAGCUGUACCUCAUCCUGAGCUUGGACAGUCUGAUUGAGCUGCACCCUUUUCGUAAGCUGUACCUCAUCCUGAGCUUGGACAGUGUCUUGUAUUUCCUGCUAGCCAUCUACUUCGAUAAGGUUUUGCCUGGCAAGUACGGGGUUCCACAUCCUCCUGCCUUCUUCCUGAGACCCUCCUACUGGCUCAGGGGCAGCAGUGGGUCCGUGGGGGUGAGAGCUGGCAGCAGCCACGACCCCGUUCUCGGCGGUGACGCCGAGCCGAUGCCGCCGGGCUUCGAAGGCAAGGAAGCCAUCAGACUAAACAAUAUUAAAAAAAUAUACAAGAAGAACAACAAGAGCACCGAAGCUUUAAAGGGUUUGUCCUUAAAUAUCUAUGAAGGCCAGAUCACAGCACUGCUGGGUCACAGUGGGGCUGGGAAAACCGCUCUGUUGAAUGUGCUCAGUGGAUUUUCCAAGCCUUCAGCAGGCUCUGCCACGAUCUACAACUACAAUGCUUCUGAAAUGUGGAAUAUGGAAGGAAUGCAGGAAAGGAUUGGGAUUUGCCCCCAAAUUAAUUUGCAUUUUGAAGCCUUAACGGUGAAGGAAAACCUGAGAAUUUUUGCUCACAUCAAGGGGAUCCAGUGGAAGGAAGUAGAUGAAGAGGUGCAGAAAGUUCUCGUCACGAUGGACCUCACUGAUGUUCAGAAUGUUUGUGCUGAUGCCCUGAGUGGGGGACAAAAACGAAAACUGUCUCUUGGAAUCGCAAUUUUAGGGGAUCCCCAGGUGCUGCUCCUGGAUGAGCCCACGGCGGGGCUGGAUCCCUGCUCCAGGCACCACGUCUGGAGCCUGCUGCGGGAGCGCCGCGCCGGGCGCGUGACGCUCGUCACCACCCAGGCCAUGGAGGAGGCCGAUGCUCAGGCAGAUCGGAAAGCUUUCCUCUCCUGUGGGAGAUUACAGAGUGUUGGCUCAUCUCUCUACUUGAAGAGAAAGUGGGGAAUUGGCUAUCACUUAAGGAUGCAGAUAAAUGACCUGUGUGACCCAGAGCUUGUGUCGUCCAUGGUCAGACAGUACAUCCCUGAUGCUGUGCUCCAGGGACAGAGGAGGGAUGAGCUGUGUUUCAGGCUGCCUCUGGAAAACACCGACAGCUUCCCAGGUCUGUUCAGCCACCUCGAGAGCAGACUCUUGCAGGGGGUUGUUCACUUCGAGGUGACCAGGACAACCCUGGAAGAUGUUUUCCUGAGGCUGCAGGGUGGGGAAGCCAUCGAUCCAGAAGGAGAUGGAGACCUCGAGGAGAGGGACCAGAACCUCCCGGGGUUCUCCAAGCAGGGGAUCCUGGCCAUGAGUGGGAUGAUGCUCUGGAGGCAGCAAGUGUGUGCUGUGCUGAGAAUCCGCCUGCUGAGACUGAGGCACGACGCAAAAUUCCUCAGGAGCGUAUUGCUGUUAUUUGGAACAUUUAUCCUUCCACCACUGAUGGUUUUAAUCCUGUUUCAUCUGUGGCACAACUCCAGCAGCUGGGAAAUCACCUCUAGCCCGUAUUUUCUCCCCACAAAAGAGAAAAUUCAAAAUAGGUCUACAAACCUCCUCAUCUUCAAUGACACAGGAUCAGAAAUCGAGGAUUUCAUUGCUGCUUUGAAGACUCAAAACAUAACCCCAAAAAUAACCCAGGAGAAAAACAUCACAAGCCUUCCAGAUUAUAAUGGAGCAAUAAAAAUAUCCCUGGAAGGCAAGAGCCACCAGUUCACGGUCAUGUGCAGCCCAGAGCCCAUCAACUGCUUCCCGAUGCUGAUGAACAUCCUCAGCAACACCUUCCUCAGGCUCUUCCAUUCCACCGCGCGCUUCCGCGUCUGGAGCCAGCUCUUCUACACGGGAGAAAACGCAGAGCUGAAGAAUUACAUUUUUUUCGGCUUAUUCACCUACCUGCUGGUUCUGGCUGCUGGUUUGCCUCCUCUCUUUGCCAUGGGCACCGUGGAGGAUUACAAGCUCCAGGCUCGCUCUCAGCUGCGGCUCGCGGGGCUCUUCCCCUCAGCCUACUGGUGUGGGCAGGCUCUGGUGGACAUCCCAUUCUUCUGGAGCCUGAUGUGCCUCAUGUUUGGGCUCCUGGUGCUCUUCACCCGCAUCUGCCCCUUGGAGGCCAAAGCUGUGCUGACCCUGCUCAUUUGCCUCUUUGGUUAUGGAAUAUCUCUCGUCCUCUUGGUUUAUUUAAUGGCCUUCAAAUUCCGCAUGGGACGAAGCAAUCGCUUCGUUUGGUCCUUAACCUUCAUUUUGGUGAAUUAUGCUGCUUUUAUGAACAGUGACCAUAAUGAAGCACUUUACUACAUCUGUAUGCUGAUUCCUGUCUUUCCACCUGUGGGCUGGAUCAUGUUCUCUGGACUAAAUUUCCUCAUGUAUAACGAUUACACAAUUUUUGAGACAUGGAGUUACAUCUACAUGCCUGUCUUUGCACCGUACAUCCACUGUGUGAUUUUUGUUUUCCUCCUACGUUGUUUGGAGAUGAGAUAUGGAGAAGCAGUCCCAGGAUUUGAUCCCAUCUUCAGGAUCCAGCAGAGAAGAGCAGCCAGCCAGCAGAACAAGGAGCUCCCUGCAGAGGAAGCCCCCGAAGUGCAGGCGGAGAGGGACAGGGUGCGGAGCGCGAUGGCCUCGCUGCAGCAGGAGGAGGACUUGGUUGUUGUCAACAGUUUGCGCAAGGAAUUCGAAGCCAGGACAGCCACUUCCAUCUUUAAGAAAAAGAAGAAACUUGCUGUCAAAAACCUCUCUUUUGGUGUUAAAAAAGGAGAAGUCUUAGGUCUGUUAGGACCCAACGGAGCUGGGAAAAGCACAACUCUAAACAUGAUUUCUGGAGGUGUAGCAGUGACUGCUGGGGAGGUGCUGCUCAGGGGCCGGGAUGGAGCCCCCCUGUGCCCAGGGGCCCUGGGCUGGUGCCCCCAGCAGGACCCGCUCUGGCCACACCUGACAGUGCUGCAGCACCUGGAGGCCUUCGCUGCCAUCAGAGGCAUGAGGGACGAAGAUGCUGCUCUUGCCAUCAGCUGCUUAGGAAGGGCUUUGGAUCUCCUGAAGCAUUUCAAGACCCCAGCAAGGAGUUUGUCUGCUGGAGAAGCCAGAAAGCUGUCAUUUGCUCUGAGCAUCCUGGGAGAGCCGACAGUGAUGCUUUGGGAUGAGCCCUCGGUGAGCGUGGACCCCAAAGGGCAGCGCCGCAUGCGGAGGAUGAUCCAGGCCUCCACGAGGAGCAAGGAGAGGGCAGCCAUCCUGUGCACGCAGUCCCUGGAGGAGGCGGCGGCGAUGUGUGACCGUGUGGCCAUCCUGCUGGCCGGCCGGCUCCGGUACAUCGGUUCCCCUGAGGAUCUCAAAAGUAAGUUUGGCACAAGUUACCACCUAGAACUCAAAAUGACAGACGUGGGGCAAAGCGACGCUCUCCACUCCGAAAUCCUGAACCUCUUCCCUCGCGCAGCUCGGCAGGAAAGGACUUCUUCCUUACUCACCUACAAGAUUCCAGUGGCAGAUGCACUACCUCUGUCCAGGUCUUUCUCCAGGCUAGAAGCAGCUAAACGGAAUUUCAAGCUUGAGGAGUACAGCUUGUCACUGAACACUUUGCACCAGGUGUUUGUAGACCUCACCAGGGAUGCAGAAGAGCACGACCUGGAGGUGGCAUCCAACGGGGCUGUGGAGCAGAGACCCCUUCACCCCUGAGUCUUGGAGCCACGGUGGGAAAUAUCCCAUGGAUUUCAUCAGUGUUCCUGGAUUUCAUCAGUGACACUGAGAGCUGUGAUCAGCUGCAGCCCCAGCGCUCCGUUAGCCACCUCACAGAGAAAUAAAGAGUUGUUAUUUUAAUAAAUAAAGCCUUUAUCCUUUGACAGAU